UGAAAACCGCCCAAAUAAUUUUCGAUGGUGGAAUGAUAAAAGACCUAAGAGGGAGAAAGAGAGAUCGAAGAGUGAAAUCUGAAAUGGAAUCAGCUCCGACGGGAUGCUUCAAGUGUGGUCGUCCCGGUCAUUGGUCUCGUGAUUGUCCAUCAUCGGCUCCGGUCGCCGGCAAUAAUUCCGUUUCUUCUUCUUCCGCUCCAUCUCAAAUCCCUAAUAAUGAAUUUCAGAGAUCCUCCAGUAAAAGUGGAACCUCAAUAGCUCCUGCUCCUAAAGUGACGAAGACGAGAGUUCAAAGGCCCAAGCUAACUCCUGAAUUGUUACUCUCUGAGGAUGGUCUCGGCUAUGUUCUUCGCUAUUUCCCUAAAUCCUUCAAGUAUCGUGGCCGAGGCAAAGAGGUGAGCGAUUUGGGGAAUUUGAUACGGUUGUACAGUGAGUGGCACACUCAUUUGCUACCUUACUAUUCCUUUGAUCACUUUGUGCAUAAAGUUCAACAAGUCGCUUCUACUAAGCGUGUUAAGAAUUGUAUAAAUGAACUGCGAGAAAGGGUUGCCAGUGGAGUUGAUCCAAACAAGUUAUACGAAAAGCAGGAAGAAAAUACUGUUCCUUCUGAUGAUCAAGAUAUGGAUCAGCCAAGUCAUGACGAAGAGAACAUACCAUCAAAGAGCGUUGAUGCUGAUACAAAUGCUGAUGCUUUUGAAGACAGUAUGUUGAAUGAGAUAUUUGAUAAUGCUUCAAAGUUACCGAGCGAUGAACAAAACAUGGAUAAAAGCAGUGAACUGACAGAAGAGCAAAGAGCACGUAUGGAAGCUAAUAGAUUGAAGGCAAUGGAGAAAGCUCAGAACAUUUCCGAGGAACAGAGAGUACGUAUGGAAGCUAAUAGGCUAAAAGCUCUCGAAAGAGCCAAAGCAAGGCUCCAACCAAAUCAAGAUUAGACUAGAGAUGUUCAAUUUGAAUUUUGGAUUGAAAAAUUUGUGCUUUUGAAUGUUUCAAUUAGUUAUCUAAUAGUAACAAAUGUGUGUCCGAAACUAGAACAUAUGUAUGGAUGUCUGGUCGUGUGUUAGUUUCGGUUGUGGAUCCAUCAAACCCAAUAUUAUGGACCGUAAUUUGUUCCAACCCAAGUUGAUGAUAAUUGGCAUAAAAGCUCUUUAUUGUUUGGUAGA